CACUCCUUAGCCGAGAAUUCUUCGAUCAUGAAGUUUGCCUUGUUCUUGCUGGUUGCCCUUGUGGCUGUCGCUUAUGUCAGCUCGGCCUAUUCCGACCGCAGGCAAUACGUUCGUAAUUACUACCACCGUGGAUACGGAUAUAGACGUGGAUACGGAUAUGGACGACCAUACGGCUAUGGAUCUAGACAUGGUUACUAUGGCUACGGCCGCCCAUAUGGCGCCUACCGUUACCGUUACCAUGGCAAAUAUCAUGGUCGCUGCGGACCUGACGGCGUGUAUGCAAGAUCCGCCACCUCUCUUGUCUUCUGUACCAACGGUCGUGCUCUGGUCCAGAACUGCGCCCCAGGAUCUGCCAUCAGCAAGAAAAGUACUACUCCAUGGACCCUCCUCCAGCUAGGAAAGUACUACUCAAUGGCCGUCUGUGACGUCAACCUUGUUAAUUGGGGCUAA